AUGGAGGCGAACGAUCAGACCGUCUAUGACUAUGCCAUUGUUGGCGCGGGUUGCUUUGGUGCAUCGACCGCGUGUGAUUUGCAACGGAGGCGACCCCGGGCGAAAGUGAUCCUCUUCGACGACGCGACCACGAAAUCGGCAUCGCGAGACGAGACAAAAAUCGUCCGAAGCCCAUAUGUGGACCCCGAGUACGUGGAACUCGCCACCGAGGCCCAAAAGCGGUGGAAGGAUGAGGCUCUCUAUCAAAAGUGCUACCAUCCUACUCGGUGGAUUCAAACCAUCCAGCCCGAAUCGCACGAGAUUUCCUUGAAGCUCGACACGGACGAGUCGAUCACGCCGGAGCGGUUCGUGGCAAUGGUUGGGUCGAAGAGUCAACCGCGACUCGGCCCUGACGAGGGGCUUUGGAUCAACAAGGAUGUAGGUAUGGUCGAUGCCGCUCUCGCGUUAGGCGCGGUUAUCCAAGAAGCCUCGAGAUUGGGGGUCGUCGUCGUGAGAACGCCGAUUUCCCAACUCCUGAUGGAGGAUGAUGGCCGUCUCUGUGCUGGCGUGAUUACGAUCGCGGGACAUACCGUGAGGGCGAGACGGACCAUCGUCGCCGCUGGUCCCUGGACCCCUUCACUCCUUCACAGAUCGGGCGUUGGCGAGCGUGUCCCCGGCCACCAGGGGAAGCCUUUCUUUACGGUGGUGGGUGUUGGCGUGGCCACCCUCCAUCUUCUUGACGACGAAUACCACAGAUUCAAGUCGAUGCCCAUCCUGGUCACCGAAAAUGGAGAAGUCAUGCCUCCCGGGGCUCGAGAAACGUCGUUGAAGAUCACGAGUACGGAUACUUUCGAGAUUCCCCACCCGGACCUCGCCUCCCAGGUCCCCAUCGAGUGUAUUCAGCGAAACCGGGAGGUGCUGGGAAAGAUGAUUCCCGAGCUCAAGGACAGACAGUUGGAGUUUUGGGUCUGCCCGUAA